GACGAGCAGUACAUAGUGACAUACCGCCCCAGCCACCGCCGGGCGUAUGUGGUGCUGAAAGAGGGCGCCAAGUCCAGAGACGUGGUGCGGGCGGCCUUCCAGACGCACGUGCUGCUGCACCUGCUGCACCAAUGGCGCCAGGACACCUGCCAGCAGCCGCUGCUGCUGAGUCACCAGCUCUCACCAGACACGUCCCUCAAGUCCCUCGACCUCUCUCCGAAAGACUCGUCCACAACCCUCCUCAAAAACCUAAGUCCAGACAGCCUUAGCCCGACAGCCCUCAGCAGCAGCAGCCCCGGGCAGUGGGGCCCAAGGAAAUCAGCCCCAAGGGGCCGAGGGCAUGGCAGAGAUCCCUUACCUCAGCAGAGGUGGAGCGAGCGGUAGCAGAAAGCCUGCAUCUGACCAAGAGCUGUUUGGGCGGUUUGAGGAGAGGGCUGCGGCGAGGGGUGGACCAUGGCUGACUCCCUGCUCAACCCGGGGAAGUCUCGCGUGCUCUCGGCGCCCCCGCCUGGAGUUACUGCUGCUGCAAAUGCUCUGGUGUCGCACUCUGCUGCUGCUGCUUCCGCACCAACUGCUGCUGCUGGGGGUGGUGGGGAGGGUGGGGCUUGUGCUGGGGCGGGGCCUGCUGGUGGUGUCAGCUUUGGUGGCGCACCUGAUGCUGUUACUGCUCCGCUCACUCAGCCUCCGCUUGCUGCCUCUGGGAGGGUUGCGCUGGAGCCUUUUGCAGGUGCUGCUGCUUGAAAUUACUUAUGAGUUGACUGGAAAGUCAGCUUGUUGCUGCUCCUUAGCCUCUUGAAGGAUGAAGCUGGAGCCGUUUGCCGGUGCUGCUGCCUGAAACGACUUCGGAGCUUAGUUGACUCACGAGUCAGCGCGUCCUCAGCGCGUUGCUGCUCCGCUCUCUCUGCCUCCGCUCGCUGCCUCUGGGAUGGUUGCUCUGGAUCCCCUUCCGGGUACUGCUAGUAGCUUGUAGCCUACGUUACUAGGUACUGGCGCUGCUGCAGCUGGUGGUGGUGAUUGUGGUAGACAGAGUGCUGUGACAGUAGUGGUAAUUGUGCCACUACUAAUGAAUUUGAAAGGGUUUGUGGGUGUUGGGGUGGUUGGGAAUUCCCUGCACUUGUGCUGCUGCACAUGCAUGUUUGUGGCACAACCUGCCCGAGAAGGGUUAGUGGUGCAAGCAAGCACAUGUUAUUAAGUAAAUUUUAGUUAUUGGA